AUGCUAAAUGGCGAUGGAUUGCUACGCGUCUUCUGGCCGAAUGAUAUACCACGCUCUUCGUCUCCGGGUGUGAUUGUAGGUUGGCGCAAUUCGCCUCUGGAUCUCUUCGUGGUAACCGUGUUGGAGCAUGUCGAGCCCAAAAACGUCGACAAUGCCCUGCGAACAGGCAUAUUAUUCCGCAAUUGCCCACAUCCAAUUGCACAGCUAUUCGUGCUUUGCGGAAAGUCGUCGAUGCAUGUUUUGGGCUCGACAAACCCCGUCGAACCACCAACAACCUUCGAUGCCUCACAUCUUUCGGUAACCACACGUUCAUCACAUAGGGUUCCUCGCGUGUUUUGUCCGCCGGAGGUGCAUAUCUCGGUCCAGGUUAUAAUGUUUAAUCGCCCUCACCCGACGCGUAUGCAAUACAUGUCAUUGGAUCCCAUUUCUUUAGCUCUAGCCGAUAAACGAAUAAGUUCAGGGAAAGGCGUAUCUUUCGCCGAGAUUGAUGCGGAGGAAGAAUUAGAGAAGGCACGGUCAAAGAAACUAAUUGAGAAACUCAAGUGGCAUGCGGUCGUUCGGCAUGUCCCCUCUCAAAAGGAGGUCAUGCUGCAUACUAUUCUAAAUCAAGUGAACUGCGCAUUUGAGAUUGGACAGCUUAUCGAAAGGAAUAGUGGAUUGAUCGGAACGCGUCCCAAAAGGAGCAUGAGUGUCAGCGAGCGCGUCGUUGAAUCUGCUACAACAAUCUGGGAUCUUUUCGUCUUGGGGAUUGCUUACGUGUUUUGGCAAUGGAUGUGGCCGGUUAUUACGAGAUGCUUCGUCUUCGGCUUGGUGUGUCAUCGAGCAGUAGCUGAAAUCGUUCUGCGUUUGCUUGAAUGGCGAGCUCGGCCUGAUGCUGCAGCUCUCAAAGAUAUAUCUGCCACAGCGCAGCAGGUAGACAUUCGACUACAACAAUUCUGCUACUGGCCGAUACAAUACGUCAAGCUUCGGCAGAGAAAAGAUAACUGGGAAAGCAUCACAACUAGCCAUCCCGAUUACAUUCGUUUUUAUAACUCGCUAUGGCUUGUAGCAAACGACGUCAUCAUCGGCAUUGCGCUGGGUUCUUACAUUAUUGAUAACGCUCAGUGGGUGGCCAGUCAGAUUAAUUACUUGAUAACAGAUUGGACAGUGGAGGGGUUGCAAAGAACUAUAUCAUGGCUUAUGGGCUGGCCCGCUGGUUUGAAGCUGAAUAAUGAAUUGGCUGCUUUUCUGGGGGACCUUUUCCUCUGGGUCAUUGAACACUGGGCUGCCUGUAUUGCCAACCUACAACCAUACCUACCACAUCUAAUAUACGUCAUUGGAUGCUCGAGCUUUGCCGGCGCCAGCAUGCCAAUUGCUCUGUUCUCUGAUUUACUCUCAAUCAUCACCAUUCAUAUUUACUCAUUCUACAUAGCGUCCGCGCGCAUUUUCAAUUGGCAACUUAGCAUUAUAAUAUCCCUCUUCCAUCUUUUUCGCGGCAAGAAACGAAAUGUUCUUCGAAACCGAAUCGAUUCGUGCGACUAUGAUCUCGAUCAGCUUUUGCUGGGAACGAUCCUCUUCACUGUUUUGUUUUUUCUGUUGCCGACGGUUGUCGUCUUCUAUCUUGCCUUUGCAUCGGCACGCAUGUUAAUCAUCUCGCUCAAGGCAGCACUUGAUACGUGGUUGGCAUUUUUGAAUCAUUUCCCUCUGUUUGCAUUGAUGCUGCGCGUCAAGGAUCCUGGACGCUUGCCAGGGGGGAUAUAUUUUUCGUUACGAGAAGAAGUCAUCAAACCAUCAUCCAAGCAGAAAGACGUGGAUGAACCCACCACCAUAUCGUACAUCCAUCUUGACUCCAUGCCUCUCUCUCUCCGCGCCAUGUUCGACCAAUACUUCCAACUCGGCCAUCGUCUUCGCAAACACUACAUAUCUCUGAGCGUCAUCCUGUGCCUCGUCACCGGCCAAUUUGUGCCUCCAAUACACCGUCGGAACCUCUACAGUAUGCAAUACAGCAUGCUUCCCGCGCACCGUGCCGGAAUGUUCGAAGUCUGGAACCGGCUGACGGAAAGAAAGAGUCAUUCCGCAGGAGGAGGUGGUGGUGUCGGUAUUGCCAGAGUAGGAAUGGCUAUUGAUACCAAGUUAUUUGGUUGA